CACACGGUGCUCGGAUAGACGGCAAAGUUAGCCAAAAGCAACCAUCGCGCGACAUGGGUCCUUACCGGUUCUGCGAGGUCCAAGCUCCAAUCGUGCAUAGUUCUAGACCAAUUCCAGCGUCCGAAUUGCUGGAAAGUCUAUUUUUGCAUCAGUAGGCUUGGAGUUAGCUGCCGAUUGGUGCCCGAUAUUUGGCUGUUAGCUCAAUGUAUAACCACGUGCCACCGGCUCCUUUUCUUGGCUGAAAACCCCAGAUACAUACCAUGGCUUGCCCAGUCGAACUCCCGACCCUUGCUCUUCAAUCUUUUGAGGGAUCCCAACAUGGGUUCCCAAAACAACUACGAAUAUAGCCCCUUUGAGAACAGAAGAGACAUACGGCUCCUUAAAAUCACCAAAGACCCACCGAGCUUCGAUCUCGUGCACGCCAACCUCGAUGCUCUCCCGCCCUAUGAAACGCUCUCCUACACCUGGGGCGCGCCAGCACAAACACACAACCUCCCGCUUGGACCCAAUGGCGGCAUCAUCGGCCUUACGUGCAGUCUCCGGCAAGCGCUUCCACUGGUCUCCUCGGCCAUGCAGACCGACUUCAUCUGGAUCGACCAGAUCUGCAUCAACCAGAACGACAUCCAGGAGCGAGGCCAGCAGGUCGCCCUCAUGGACGACAUCUACCGCCUCGCUGAGCGCGCUAUCAUCUGGCUCGGCCCUGAGGACGCAGAAACGCACCUUGCGUUCGAACUAAUCCGGACCGCGACCACGCAUUACCAGGAGUAUUGGGCUAAGUCGAAGCAGACACUGGAUGAUGGUGUAUUUCCUAUGACCCGCUGCUUUGCGCCGCUGUUUGCUCCAGGCGGGAAACUUGGUGAUGCGAAAAGAGACGCCAGGAGACUGGCUCUCUACCGGCUGCUUCAGAGGCCGUGGUUCUCGCGCGGCUGGGUCGUGCAGGAGCUCGUUCUGUCCAAGGCCGUCGCUGUGCGCGUCGGUGGCUACCUGAUGUCGUGGGAGCAUCUCAUACAGGCUUUCCUUGCGGUUUACUCAACGCGACAAGCCGUAGAGAACAUCAGUUUGCCGCAAGGGUUUGGGAUCCAAAUGGCGCUGAGAACGGAUUACAACGAAAAGACGCAGAGCGGCGCAGGCUUCGGGUGGUUCGAUCUCUGCCGGCUUAUGGCUAACACCGCAGUGGCGGUCUCUACGACAGAUCCAAAGGAUAGAGUGUUUGCGUACCUCGGGUUUUGGAAACCCUCUGAUUUCCUGCCGGACUACACGCAGACCGUCGAACAAGUCUACCUCGAAUUCGCGCACCAGAUCAUGCAGACAUCGGAUUCUCUGGACAUCCUGAGCCUAGGCCACGGAACAUCCGUCUCGCCAACCGAAGGCCUGGCAGACCUCCCGUCAUGGGCGCCUGACUGGUCCUCCGGCCGCGGAUACUACUCGCUGCUGCUCAACAACACCAACGCCGUAGCCUGGGACGCGGCAAAAGCACGGCAGCACGCCGCCGACGCCGCCACAGCCACAGGAUCGAGAACGCUCCACGCGCGCGGCAAAAUCAUCGACGUCGUCCGCGCCGUCUCGGCGAAGCCGUUCAAGAAAUUCGCUUUUGGCAACCAGGACCUCGGCGAGAAAAGCUGCUUAGGGGACGUCAUUCAGCAAAAGCCCCUCGAUAGCCCGCUCAAGCACACCACGCGGCUGGACGUCAUGCGCAUGCUCAGCGCGGCGGCGCGCUGCGGCCAGAAACCCCGCAGAGACGACCCCGUGGAGUUGCUGGCUUUCUACGACGCCCACUGCUCGCACCUGCUCGAUGGGACGGACAAUGCGAGCGGCAGCUGGGACUGGUCGGCCGAGGAGACGAUGCUGCUGCGCACGGAGACGGAGGUGAAUUUCUUUGGCGUGUGCGGGCGCAGGCUCCUGGAGACAACGGCGGGGCGGAUUGGGCUGGCGCCCGAGUUGUGCGAGGUUGGUGAUGCGCUGGCCGUGCUGCAUGGGUGUCGGGUUCCGCUUGUGUUGAGGCGCGUGGAGGGGGAGGAGAGUUAUAGGCUUGUGGGAGAUUGCUUUGUUGAGGGGGCUAUGAAUGGGGAGGCGGUUUCGUGGUUUGAUUGCGAGGCUGAUGAGAUUGUGCUUGUUUAGGUCUGUUCUGAGUUGGGUUGAGGUGAUGCGCAGUGUAAGUUAA